AUCCGUUGUUCUUGUUUCUGUUGCUGCGUUUGCCGGCUUCCAUCGAAGGCGGAUUCGACACUCGAGUGGCACCGGUUUUUUUGCACCGCACCGAAUUGCAUCGCACCGAAUUGCAUCGCAGCUCGUACCGUACCGUACCGAGCGUGCCCGGGUCAAAUGUCGUCUCUAGUGAGCGGGGACAGCAGUGUCGGCGACGAAUCGAUUGAGGAAUCCGGUGGCGAGCUCAAUCCCAUCGAGAUCGACGAUUCCACCUCCUCGAACAGCGAGAGCGAGAGCGAUUCGCCAUCGGGCGCCUUUGUCCUGAGUGGCACCAACCAGAAUGCCAAAAACGAGUACGAAACGAAGGCUGCGAAGGGAAACCACAGCGGAGAAGACGGCGACGAAGAGUAUGUGGAAGGCGAGGACGAAGAGGAAUCCAACAGCAACAGCGAAAGCGAAAGCGUCGACGUGGACGAAACCGAGGGCAACUACAACAUGGAUGGCGAAGAUGACAACGACGACGAAAAAGACGACGACGAGACCAACUCGGAUCCAAUCCGCAAGGCCUCGCCCAAAGCUUCCGCCAAAACUUCCGGUGAAACAUCGACCAUGCCAGAGAAAGUCAGAAAACACAUUUGGGGAGACAUUGAGUCCAUGCUUGAAAUCAAGAAAUCUCCCUACGAGGGCUACGAGUGUGCGGAGGUGGGCGAAGAUUGUUUCGAAGAACUGAGGACGAUGCUGCACUAUACCGGAAAACGGAACGAUGAAAUCAACCCCAAACUAGCAGCUCUGGUGGGAGACAAACUAGCCCUCGAUCUCUACAAAGCCCACUACGAAAUCGGAAAAUCCGGUAUUUUGUACAGCGCCAACUGGAGGGAGGGAAAGAUCCGGGACGGCGAUUUCGGCUUGAUCCCGAAGGGGUCGCUCCUUCUCUGCCUGCACGAGCACCGGUUCGCGAGGGGAAGCGAAAGCCUCCUGCAGGCGGUCGCCCGGAACCUCGAGUGCACGCGGAUCGUCCUAGAAGCCAUGGACACAUGGCACCUGACGGAAGACUUCCCGAACCUCCUAUCGACAAAAGACGAGGACUCCUUUGUCUUUGCAACCCAAAAAUCGAGCUGCUACAAGUGUGAGAUAUUCGUGGCGAGGGCCUUUCAGACCCUCCUCCUCCUGAACAAGACCCACGAGGUCAGCUCCGUCCUGACGAAAAAAAUCAAGGAAUGCCUCGCCCUGAUGAACAAGCACGUCCGACCGAACCAGACUGCGCUCGCCAGGAUGCGGGACAAACCACCAAGGAGUACGCGGCGGGCCAGGGCACCGGCCCGCGUCGACCGCGCCAGGAAGAGCAGGACCCCCGACGAGGGGGAAGGCCCGGGCCACCCCUCGCCACCCGCUGCGGCGCAGGAAAAGAAAACGAAAAGGCCUUCGAGGCGCCGCCGGGCCAAGGCCGAGACGGGUGGGGGGAACCCCCCGAAGCGGCGCCGCAAGGUCCAGGAUUCCGGGGAACGCAUGGAAUCGCUCCUGAUGCUCUUUGACAACAUGCAAUCACAGAUCAAGCGGAUAUGCCAGAUGAUGACGUUCUAUGGGACCCAGCUGCGCGACCACCGGGACAUACUGAGAGAUGAGAUUAUGGAAUCUCUGUUGGAGGGAGAAAAGAGCAGCGGCUAGAGAGCCAGGGAAAGCUGUGUCCGCCUUUCCAGUUUUUGAAUCGAGUGUUGGAUCGGUAGGAUUGUUUAGCUGCGCUGGUUGGCGUCGGGGACCAAAAACUUUGAUGUGUUGCUGUGGAUAUUGGAUAUUCUUCACGCGUGCGUGUAUAGAAAUAGGGGUGAGAUAAUUGUGCAUCGGAUCGUGUUCAAAUACAGGGCAUUUAGAUACCGGUACGUCGGAUGCAACAAUAAAUUAAAUGAAUGAGGCGAUGCCAUCUGGAAUCAAUAAGAAUACAAAAUACAGUUAAUG